AUGUCGGUCUUGGUCGCCACCGUUGUCCUGCUGGCCUCAACGCUGUAUCUAGUGACCACGCCGCAUCGCCAGGAAAUCUUUGCCGAAGUUCUCUGCUGGUCUUUAAUAUACGUCUCGAGUCGGGCUUAUGCACUCUUCAACCGCGGCGCGACUAGAUCGCCAUCGUCGCCCAGGUCCACAAGCGCGACUAAUUGGAAUGCGAUUGCCUUGUGCGUCGCAUUGCUGUGUCUGAGUAGCUCAGUUAAGGUCGUGAAUUGGUCUGUGGUUAGUAUACCCCGUUUCCUGGAUGCAUCUCCUCAGCCAGCAUGGUCGUCGAUCGCUGACCAGAGGCCGGAAAACUAGGCUCCCCUCUUAUACCCCAUGGUAUUCGCUAUCCACAGCUUUCGUGGCCCUGAUCUGCAACUUCCGAAGGUCGAGCAAUCCACAUCUCGAUUUCAACAGAUUAAUAAGAAAGCCUUCGCAUCUCUCAGUCUGCUAGCGAUAGGCACCGUCAUUCCCUUAGCAAAAGGCCGCAUUCCAACAGAUCUAAAUCUCCAUCUAUGCUGGCUGUUAUCCCAAAUCAGUCUUUAUGGAUUCUGGCUUUGCGGAGAGUCGGCCGAGUCUUCUCAGUCAGAGUCAGAUGAUGUUAAUGCAUUAGAAGAUGCAGCAAAAAUUGCUCCUCGUAUUCUAGCCCUAUUGGUUCCAGCUACUCUCCUUUGGUGGCAUACCAUUAUCUUUAUGCCAGCUUCAGAUAUGGCGGUUGUGGUACUGACCCUCUACCUAAUGACCC